GAGUCACUCCGUUGGGAGUGGGCUCCGGUCCCAGGGCCAUGGCUUAAAAGCAACACCCAUCCCGCGGGUGCAGCUCAUUUGAGUCCACCAUUGGCCCAAAUGCAGUCCAUCAUGUGGAGUCCACAGUUCCGGCUGACCUGCUGCCUGCUUAUGCCGCUGUUCCUGCUCAGCGGAGUCCAGACGAACGGCAAUCAGAGGCUGCUGGACCAGCUGCAGCAGGUGGGACUGGUCAAUCUGCUGGAGCAGGCCACGCGGCCGAAUGUGCCCCAGGAUCUGGCCACGUACGACUUCAUUGUGGUAGGAGCCGGGGCAGCUGGCUGCACUUUGGCCGCCCGACUCUCGGAGGAUCCCAGCUGGAAAGUGGCCCUCCUCGAGGCGGGCGGCGUGGAGAACAUUGCCCACUUGACGCCCGUCCUGGCCGGCUAUCUGCAGCAGACGGCCUCCAACUGGGGCUACCACUCUGUGCCACAGCGCCUCUCCUGCCUGGGCAUGAACAACCAGGAGUGCGCCCUGCCCCGGGGCAAGGUCCUGGGCGGCACCAGCUCCAUCAACUACAUGAUCUACAAUCGCGGCAACAGGCGGGACUUCGAUGGCUGGGCCUCCGCCGGCAAUCCGGGCUGGAGCUACGCCGAGGUGCUGCCCUACUUCCUGCGCAGCGAGUCCGCCCAGCUGCAGGGCCUGGAGCAGUCGCCGUACCACAACCACAGCGGACCCCUCAGCGUCGAGGAUGUGCGCUACCGCACCCAGCUGGUGCACGCCUUCGUGGAGGCUUCCGUGGAGGCGGGUCUGCCCCGCACCGACUACAACGGAGAGUCGCAGCUGGGGGUCUCCUACGUCCAGGCCACCACCCGCAACGGCCGGCGACACAGCGCCUACUCGGCGUACAUCCAGCCAGUGAGGGACUACCGCAAGUCCAAUCUGCACAUCUACACCUUCUCGCAGGUGACGCGACUGCUCAUCGAUGCGGAGACCAAGUCCGCCUACGGCGUGGAGUUCCGCUACAAUAGCAGGGCCUACACGUUCAAGGCCCGGAAGGAGGUCAUCCUGUCGGCGGGGGCCUUCAACUCCCCCCAGCUGCUGAUGCUGUCGGGCAUCGGGCCGGCGGACAACCUCAAGGCCAUUGGGGUGCCGCUGGUGCAGGCUCUGCCAGUGGGGAAGCGCCUCUACGAUCACAUGUGCCACUUUGGGCCCACCUUCGUGACCAACACCACGGGCCAGACGACCUUCACGUCCCGAGUGACGGCCGCCGAGGUGCUGUCGUAUCUGCUGGCGGGGAAUCCGGCCACCAAGCUCAGCUCCAUUGGCGGUGUGGAGGCCCUGGCCUUCCUGAAGACCGGCCGGUCGACCCUGCCCCAGGACUGGCCCGACAUCGAGCUGAUCAUGGUGUUGGGGAGCCUGGCCAGCGACGAGGGAACGGCCCUCAAGCUGGGCGCAAACUUCAAGGACGAGAUCUACGACAGGAUGUACGGGCAGCUGGCCCAGGCCAGGCAGGAUCACUUCACGCUCCUGGUGAUGCAAUUCCAUCCGCAGAGCGUCGGCCGCCUGUGGCUGCGGGAUCGCAAUCCCUUGGCCUGGCCCAAAAUCGAUCCCAAGUACUUUGUGGCCGAGGAGGAUGUGGAGUACAUCCUCGAUGGCAUCAAGGAGGCCAUUCGCAUCUCCAAGAUGCCCGCCCUCCAGUCGAUUGGCGCCCGCCUCCUCGAACGCCCUGUGCCCGGCUGCGAGUCCCUGGCCUUCGCCUCCGACGACUACUGGCGCUGCUCCAUCCGCACCCUCUCGUACACGCUCCACCACCAGGUGGCCACCUGUCGCAUGGGUCCCGCGAGCGAUCCCACCGCCGUGGUCAGUCCCCAGCUGCGGGUCCACGGCAUGAGGCGGCUGCGGGUGGUGGACACCAGCAUCAUUCCCGUGCCGCCCACGGCCCACACCAAUGCGGCGGCCUUCAUGAUCGGGGAGAAGGCGGCGGACAUGAUACGCUCCGACUGGAGUUGAAGGGCAGUGUAGGAAUAGAUGCGAUCCGAGGAUGCGAGUUGGAAGGAGGUCGACUUGGAGAGUUAAUUAAAUGGAAUUACCUUAACGAGUCCGUCUGUCCUUCGAGACAGCCGGGGAGAUGGUGGGGUAGGCGUAGGCCCUGGGGGUUGUGUUGCCUGGAGAGUGCAUUAACCCAAGACCGCGACCGCACAAGGGUUGAAAGCCGCUUUGGAUGUGGCACAGGCCCGAGCGCAGCAGGCACGGGCACAGGCACGGGCCCAGGCCCAGGCAUCAUCAUCAACAGCAACAACAGGGGGUGGUUUGACUCGGAAGCUGUCUGUGCCUGUGCUUAGAUGGAGAAGCGGAGGGUGGGUGGGCGGAGGGAUGGGAUGCAGUGUCAUCAGGGUUGUGCGCAUACAAGUGGUUAUCAGUGUUCUUGCUUAUCGCUUCCUUUUUCCUUCUUGUGUGAAACAUUCAAUAUCCCCCCACAGGAGGCAAAAGCUUUCCAGUCCCCAGAGUUGCAGAGCACCGCAGUGUGACCGUAGUCGUUUCAUCCAAGCUUUUAGUACUUAAAUUUUAUAUUUUAUGGCCUUUCCAAUUAUAACAUUUUUAAAUAUAGAAACUGAAGAAGACUAAGGAAUAUUAAAGCUUAUUAAAAAGUAUAUCCAUAAUAUAUAAGUGCUCCCGCAACCCACAUAAUAAACAAAUACAACUUAA